ACAAAGCAGCUUACAACAGCUUUUAACCAGCCAUCAUGGUCAACACUGGGAGAUCCAAAGGCUGCAACACCUGCAAGAGGCGAAAGGUCAAAUGCGACGAGGGCAAGCCAGGAUGCCAGCGCUGUAUACGCUUUGGUCGUGAAUGUGAAGGUUACGGCCAAAGACCGCCGCGAGUGAGAUUCGCCAACGAUGUGAGAAAAACCAACGAGAGAGACUCGCAGAAUCAGCGGCGCAUAGAUGCUCUGGCAUCGCGUAUUUCUACUUCUACUUCAACUCAGCCAACCAUCAUUCCACCGCCAACGCCGAACAAGAAAGAUGCUGCGCUGUCCUUCUUCCUCACCCAAUUCGCCACCUUGGGCCGCAGCGCCGCAUCGUCGACGGGCUUCUUUGAGGUGCUGCCUCUUGUGCUCUCUGGCGAGCGCCACGACUCGGCCGCGUCUCUUGCGCUGUCAGCAGUCUCCAUCGCCAUGUUCGAGCGGUGGCUGGGAUUCGGCAGCAGGCCUGGAGCGUCGCGGAAGUCGUUUGCCGAUGCCAUCGUGCGCCUUCAAACGGCAAUUGCGGACCCAGCCGAGUGUCUCAGCAGAGCUACUGUCGUGGCUGCUCUGACUCUUCAAUUUCACGACAACGUCUGCGCAUUGUUGGAAUCAAAUGGCAUCAAUCGAACUCACCAUGACGGCUCUGUGGCUUUGCUCCGGCAUCAGGAGCAGGAGAGUAAACGGCCGCGGAGGCGCACUUCCUUGGCGUUUCACGUCCUGCAUGCUGAAGUAGCAUUUGCAAUUCGCGAAAAGAGAAGCCUGCCGGCCACCGAAAUCUCUUGGCUUCAGUAUCACAACGAUUCUCUUAAUCCAAGUUCGCUGCUCGACAUUAUUGGCAUUGAUGUCGCGAAUAUCCAACACGAGUUCUUCAACGCGCGUUUGUCUAGUUCAUCUAUAGAAGAGAAGCUAUCGGAAUUAUUCGCCAAAGCCGCAAUCGUCGACACGAGGCUCAAAGCAUGGGUCGGUGGUGUCCCAGUUCAUUGGCAGCCAGAGCCAUUCGAUCAUAUGCCGCACUGCAGCCCUCCAAUAAUAUCGUAUUCUCAAACCUUUGACAUCUAUCGAUCCGUGCAAAUCGCUUCAAUUUGGAAUAUCUGGAGAAUCUAUCGCAUAAUCACGCUCAAAAUAUUGCUUGAGUGUCUUGAACUAAGUACCGGCAGUUUAGAGCUCUCAGAUAAUACUCGCCCGUUCAUCCGAGAAAGUACCCAGCAGAUGGUCGACCUUAUUUGCAGAAGCGUCCCUUUCUUCUUAGGAAAUCGCACCCAUAUGGCAACACUCUACGACUUCACUGACUCGAACAUUUUCCUCCCAAGCCAUCAUCACCUCAGAGCCAGAAACGAGCCUCUUGAUCAUCGAAAUGACGGCGAAUUUUGGAGCCAGGAUGACCAUUUUAAACACGUCAUUUCCCAAGGGCCUUGGCAUAUGUUGAUUCCACUCAGCCAGCUCAUGGGCAUUUUCUCACAGAACCACGGUUCAUCAUUUGCUCAGCUACUGGAAGUAGAAAGGCAUCAAUGGAUUCGAGGGCAAAUUAUGCGAGCGCGUACUAUUAUGGGCUCAGAAAUCGGUAAUUACACUGCUGGAGGUAUUUACGCUGACAAUAGUAUGGGCUAAUGCAUUUUGUAAUAUUAGUUGCAUCUCCCAACUUGGCCAUUAG